ACGACUCUACGACACGAAUCCCCGACUCAAGCGGUUUGCGCAAUACUAUUUCGUACUGACUUCCACCAUACCUAGACCUGGAUUACUACCAGUGCCCAGUCCUCGGGCAAUUUUCCCACGAUUGUCCUGCUCGAACAGGCGCCAAAAGUUCCACCAACCACCCUUAGAGAACAUCCAUCCUCUAUGACCCAGCGUCCAGCAGCUACCCUCUCUAUACCGCAAUUAUCUUCCCCCUCCUCUCCGUAUCCUACCCUCAGCAUGUCCCACCUGGAACCACGCGACGGCUCACCAAACACAUCACCCCGCUCCCCUCUAACCACCCGACGCUCCUCGACUCCACGCCGCCGUCGGGUAAUUUCCACCAGCGCUGCCCGGCGCCGAACAAUUAUACCCAGACAGGAGGCUCCAGCGCCACCCGUUGUCUCCGCUCCCGCUCCCGCUCCCGCUCCCGUGCUGUCAACCUCUACCUCCCCGGCACCACCUCGCUUCGAGCUUGGCGACUUCAAGGAUGCCCCUCAGGAUAUCUUCCGCACUGCUGGGUCAUUGCUGGGGCUCCUUACCGAGGUGGUUUUUACGGGGUUGGGGUUCUUAAAGAAACCGCUAAUAUAUCUCUUUUAUAUAUACCUCUUCGUAGUCCUGCUGUCCUACACUUUUCAAUUCGCCACCCAGAGUUUGUUCCGGUUACUAUCACCCUUAUGCGCGAUGCCGGGAGUAUCGCUUCUGGACGUGCCCAUCUGUGACUUCGCCGGCGCCGGCGCCGGCAUUGGUGGCGAUGGGAACCGUAUCUCGCAAACCGACUUUCCAAGGUUAAUAAACCUCCAAGCCAGCUUCGAAGACAUUCUCGAGAAUAGUGCUGGGGGCAGUAGUAUGGCCCUGGACCUUAAGAACUCUGAGGUCGCCGUGAGAGACCUGAGCAUGCUCGUGCGUGUGAGCAAGCUAGUAAAUAGGGACGAGUUAUCGGAGAAACUAGACGAUUUCGUCCAGAGCGCGAAGCAGACAUCCCGCAGCCUCACCCGCUUCGGCUCCAGGGUGAAUGGGGUCGUGGACAGCCUCCUAGCAAUGGAUGAAUUCGCCAUUCGGUCGUUAGAAAAUGCCGACUCGCCCCCCUCCAUUGUUAGCGCAGUAUCAAAGAUCAUCCUAGCACCCCUCUACUUCAUAGUCCCGCACAACCCGCAAAAGACCGAAUCCUCAAUCCUAAAGGCCUUCCUCCAAGCCUCUGCCACAAUGGACACCUCAAUCCAACGCCUAAUCCUCGAGGCAGAACUAGUCCUGCGCGACCUGGACGACCUGGAAAAUCGCCUCUCAACAAUCCAGGAUAUGGCCUCGCGUGAGGACUCGCUAAUCGAGGAGAAACACCAGGAGGCCCUCGCAGAGUUGUGGUCGAUCCUCGGCGGCAACCGCCGCAAACUCGCCAACUUUGCCUCCCACCGGAAUCUACUUGCCAACAUCGCUACCUACAGGAGUAGAGCUCUAGCACACGUGUCUGCCUCGCUGAUACGGCUGCAGCAGAUGCAGUCGGAUUUAGAGGACCUUAGGGAUAGAGUCGCGCAACCGGCCAUGCUCCGGGACGCACAGGUCGAGGGGGACGUCAUCGGGGAGAUUCCGCUGGAAGUGCAUGUUGAGAGCAUCCGGAAGGGUGUCGAGAGGUUGAACCGCGGGAGGGAGAGGCUCAAGGGGAGGGAGAAUGAGUAUGUUAUCUCUUUUUCUUUUUCUUUUUCUUUUUUUCUGGUGCGAUGGCUAAUGUUUGGGUUAUAGUCAUAUUAGGAAAGUGCUGAGCCAGCACGGUGAAGAAAUCAAAGUGUUGGAUGCUGGGCGAUGAGCGUUGGGGUUCGAGGUGGGGCGCAAUGAUAAAUCUGGGUUUUUGGAUGGUUGGCGUCUGGUUGGCAUGAUAGAUACCAGGCUUUUGGAGUUGCGAUGUCUCACUUUCACGGCUUACAAAAGUUGCUUGCAUGAAGGGUCCUCAGCAAUACACGGGUUGAUCCAUUAGCGGAUGAAAGCAUAGAACACAGCAGCAGCGGCGUCCGUACUCGUACAUUGGGCAAAUUGAAUUUUUGACGAUAUG